CGAGGGGCUCGGCGAGGUUGAGAAAGGUUCCGCACCAUGGUGUUUGCCGACAAGGGGGCCUUCGGGGCUGACGGCGACGGGGACAAGCUCAAGAAGAAUCGCUUCCUGAGCACCACGAAGGAGGUUGAGGAUUUGAACCAGUACUGGUAUAGCAACCGGACCAUCUCGGCCAUGGCGCGGGACGUGGAGGACGUCUGCGCCGCGCCGGAGACCCGCGCGGCGUUCCUCUCCACCCCGAGUGUGUACUUCUCCCUCAGUAAAGAAGUCCGCGCCAGGUCGUGGUGCUUCGACCUCGACACGCAGUGGCAGAAGGAGCCCGGGUACGUGUGCUACGACUUCAACAAGCCGAUCGAUUUCGAGGGUGCCGAAGAGCUCAAGGGCACGUUCGACAUGGUGAUCAUCGACCCGCCGUUCAUCACCCGUGAGGUUUGGGAAAAGUAUACGGAGACGGCCAGGUGGCUGUUGAAGCCCGGCGGACACGUGAUGGCGAGCACAAUCCAGGAGAACGCGCCGUUCAUGAAGGAGCUACUCGGGGUGGACCCUCAGGUGUUCAUGCCGUCGAUACCCACGCUCGUGUACCAGUACUACCUGUACGCGUCGUACGAGUCGAAACACCUCAAGGAUAAGAACCCGGAGAUACCCGACUACGACUGAGGGGACGCGAGCGCGACGAUCUAAGAUUAGCAUUAAGUAAGUGAUGGCGGUGUAGUAUUU